GUUCUUACACGCUCCUGCACAGUAGUUUUCUUUUUUGUUUAGCAGAUGGCAUCAAACUGUGCCAAUCGCUCUAAUCCUUACCAUCAAUGCACCCAAGCUUGCUCUCAGUCCACCAACCAAACCAAGAUCACCACACACACAAACAAAAACAAGAUUAAUUCAGGUUAUGGUCGAAGUGUGACAGACGGUCAGCUUGGCAAAAAGGUUGAUAAGCAAAAACGAAUUUACUCAGCUUGUCCUAAAGCAUCUAAUCCUUACCACGAGUGUGAUGACAAUUGUUACAAAAGAUUAUCCGAUUCAGGAGCCCCUCAUCCGUUAAAGUUAGACAGGAAAAGCAAGCUGGGUUCUAAACCAGAACCCCCCGUUCUUGACACUGUUCCUGCCUCAAAAGUUGGAGCAAUUUACCUAUCCGAGAAGAAAAAGGUUUUGACAGAGAAAAACGAGCACGUUCUAUCUGAGCCAAUUUCUGGACAGAAACAAGAUCCAGUUGUAAAGCCUUCCUAUCUCAAAGACCAACCAAGGGAUCAUGUUGCCAACUCGAUGACAACAACUCACGACGAAAAGAAAACAUCUCGUAAAGUUGUUGCAGUAACCCAUCAUGUUGAUCACACCGAAGAAUUGGGUCUUAGUAUUUCAGCUGGCGGAUCCGUAGGUUCUAGUUUUUCUGGUAUUCCACGUGGAAAUGAAGCAAAUUUAAACGAUGAAGCAGAGACGGAGUCCGUGAGUUCAGAACCCCGUCUUCAAGUUGGAAGAUACAAAGUAAAAGAAAGUUUUGUUUCCAUUCUGCAAUCUAUCUUUGACAGGUACGGGGACAUAGGAGCCAGUUGUCACUUGGAAUCAGUCGUGAUGCGCUCUUACUACGUUGAGUGUGUGUGUUUUGUGGUGCAAGAGUUACACUCCUCCUCAUUGAUUCAACUGAGCAGCUCCAAAGUGAAGGAAUUGUUGGCCAUUCUUAAGGAUGUGGAAUCUGCUGAACUUGACGUUGCAUGGUUGCGUAGCGCCCUCGACGAACUGGCUGAAAAUAUUGAACUCAUUAAUAAGCAGCAGGUGGUAGAGGCAGAAAAGGAUUACUCUGGUCACGAAGUGGAGACAGUUAAAGAAGAACUACGACAAGAGUUGGAAAGUUUGGCUCAGAAAGAACAAGAGGUUGCUGAUAUCAAAGCACGAAUUCCUGAGAUGAGAGGUCGUUUGAGAGAGCUCGAACUCAAGUCAGAAGAACUUAACAAAAGCAUGCUAUCUAUCAAAUCCAACGUUGAUAAUUUGGCCAUUAAAUCGUUGGUAGAUGAACUGUUAUGUUAAGAAAUUUGUUUCUUAAUGAGUUUUUCAAUGCUUAAAGGUUGAA